AUUCUAGUUUCAGGAUACAUCCUGCAAAAUGAUAAUGAUGCAUGAUAAUAAUGUAAUUUAUUGAAGAAGUGGAAAAGUGUGAAUUGGUCCAUUCCAAAAGUAUAAUCCCAAUGAAAUGAAGACUGGUUUAAUUUUGGCAAUUCAUUUGCAGUUAACUUUAUGUGGUGUGAUAGUUAAAAGGUACUCUGAUAGUAUACAAGAAUACAAUCAUGUAUCAAGAACCGAAGUCACCCCCUACAUUAGGCAUCGUGAACAAGAUCAACCAAAAGACAUCAAUACAAGAUAUAUUGAUCAGCUAUUUGAUAAGAAUCUACGAUAUUGCCAAAGACCUGCAACAUGCCAACCAUUGAACCACACUACCUGUAUGGGAGCUAAGUUACCAUAUCAUAGUACAACUUUAAACUUAACAGAUUUGACAAGUCAGGAAAAAGUACAAGAAAAAUUACAGCUAUACAAUUAUCUUCGCUUUAUUCCCAAGUGUUGGGCUGUGAUUCAACCUUUUCUUUGUGCCUUAUAUAUGCCAAAAUGUGAAAAAAAUAUGGUAGAUUUACCAUCAAGAGAAAUGUGUAAAAUCACUCUAGAGCCGUGUAAGAUAUUGUACAAUAGUUCAGUGUUUCCAGAAUUCUUGAAUUGUGAAGAUGAGCGUCUGUUUCCUACAAGAUGCAAAAAUGAUAUUCAAGAAGUUAAAUUCAACACCACUGGAUUCUGUAUGGACCCUUUGGUCAAGACUGAUAAACCAGAGUGGUGGUUUCCAGAUGUAGAAGGAUGUGGUUUGAAAUGCAAAGAUUCUCUUUACACUGAAACAGAGCAUGAUCAGAUACAUAAAUUCAUUGCAGUUUGUGCAUCCAUUUGUCUCAUUUUGAAUACUAUUACUGUGAUGACUUUCAUCAUUGAUUGGAAGACAUCCAAUAAAUAUCCAGCCUCAGCUAUAUUUUAUGUGAAUGUAUGCUUUUGCAUAUCUUAUGGUGGGUGGUUAAUACAAUUUUUGGGCAAUGAUACCAGAGAAGACAUUGUUUGCAAGAAGGAAGGAACACUGAGGAAAUCUGAACCAAGUGCAACUGAAAAUUUAUCUUGUCCUGUAGUAUUUUUUAUGGUUUAUUAUUUCAUGAUUGCUGGGCUGGUUUGGUUUGUUAUUUUCAGCUAUGCUUGGUACAUGAGUUCACUUCAAGCUUUAGGAAAAAUUCAAGAAAGAGUAGACAGAAAACAGGCCUAUUUCCACUUGGCAGCAUGGAGUCUUCCUUUGAUAUUUACCAUAAUCACGAUGGCUAUCAGUGAGAUAGAUGGGGAUUAUGUGACAGGAAUUUGUUUUGUAGGAUUUGUGAAUAUGGCUGCUAGAACAGGAUUGCUGUUGUUUCCUGUUGUAGCUGCAAUUUUGGUAUCUGGCUAUAUAAUCGUACGAGGUCUUAUCCUAUUAGUUAAAGUGAAGAUUGAGAGUCGAGAGAUAAUUUCUGAACAUUCAAGCAGGAAGAUCAGAAUGAAUAUUGUGAGAAUGGGAGUUUUCACUUUGUUUAUGCUAAUAUUUUGCAUUAUAACAUUCGGAUAUCAUCAUUACCUCUUUGAAAACUCUGAUCUAUGGAAAAUGAGCCUAGGAAAUUAUAUAUUAUGCAAAUUGACUAGUUUCAGUUCUGAUUAUACCCAUUGCAAGCACACCUCACGGCCCAGUGUGGCCAAGUUACAGCUUCAGCUGAUAGCCGUUUUCGGCUCUGGCGUUGCCAUGGCCUCUUGGGUAUGGUGUGGGGCCAUGUUACACUCGUGGGGCAGAUAUUUCCGCAGAAAAUUUCACUGUGAAGUAGAAGAACCCAUGAAACUGAAAAAACACAAGAUCAUCGCGCAGGCUUUCGCCCAACGAAAAAAAUUCAACGAAGGAGGCAAAAUUUCGAUUUCUGAGAACCACACGGAUCCGGUCGGUUUGAAGUUCGAGCUCAAUAGCGCAGCUAGCAAUGAACUGAGCAUGUCUUGGGCGGCCAACCUGCCCCGAUUGGUCAAUAGAAGAGGGGCUGUGCCCAACGAGGUGGUUUAUUCAGUGUCCAGCAAGGAUCAUUCGAUGGACAGCGAGGUCAGCGUCAGUUUGCGACACGUCAGCAUCGAGAGCAGGAGGAAUUCAGGGGAUAGUCAGGUUUCUGUGCAGAUCGCCGAGUUGAAGGCUACGAGAAAGAUAAAUUCUAGAAGACACCGUAGUAGGCACAAAGCCACAAGACACAAAUCAAGCAGACACUUUAGAAGUCACUCAAGAAAUCUGAGUCAUACUUCAAGGCGUUUGUCAAAAACAGAGUCCAGACAAGGUAGCACAACUAGCAUAGAUUCACAUCUGCAACUUAUAAACGCCUUAACGAACAGAAGCAACAGUCAUUCAUUCCAACCAAAUUUAAAUCGACGUACUGCCAACGCUGGCCUAGACGGACAAAAUCUCACAGAUUUUCUGACAAGUGGAAAGUUAGUGAUCCCAUACAGCAGAAAUAAUUACAGGAGCGAAAGUGAAGAUGAAAAUGUGUCAGUGACUAUAUCGGAAAGUACAUUCAACAUGAAACUCAGCAAUCAUACGAAUAAUUUGGAUCUCAAUGAUGAAUUAGUGAUGAAAUCUCUGUGCCAAGGCGUGCACAUAGAAGAGCUGAGCUCAUCAACGGAAUCUGAGGCUUCCGUUCUGCCCAAAAAGGACCUAGGCACCGAAAAACGAUCUAGGUCAGGACGAGAGUCUCAUUCCAGCAAGAAAUCCAAACGAUCCCGGCUAUCUCGAAAGAAAUAUAGCAGUAAUUCAGAGAGCUGCAACAAUAAAAGCGACAGUUCUUCUUGCAACGAAAUCAACCAACUCGUGCAAAGUUCUUUGAAUUCGGCGAAUUCGGCUGGUUACGAGAAAAACAGAGGGUCGAGGCAGUCGAAGACGUCCAUUGAUGUGGCUGUGCAAGCCAACGCACAUGACAUCGUGUCCCAAACGGCAGCUUAUGACUUGGAACUCAAGACUUUGAAGAAGACUGAAGAAGAUAAACACAAGACUAAGCAGACUAAAACGAGGGAAAAUAAUAGAUACCGGAAGGCUAGCAAGCAAUAUGAAAGUGAGGCCAGUAGAAAGUUGAGGAAAUCGAAAGAGAAGUAUAGAAGUUAUGGAAGUUCAGAGGAGAGAAAAUCUCUGAACGGGGAUUCAGAAGAGGAAAUAUUGGUAAAAGACAAAUCUAAAAUAAACAUAAAGAAAUCGAGAGAAGCAGCUACAGGAACAUGACACCAUCAGACUGAUUUUAAUUUUAAAGUUUCAUUUAGUUGUAGUUUUUUAUACAUGUUUUAUCUACUUUUGUUUUCAAAUGUAGAAUAAAGAGAUGUUUUCUCU